AAGUCAGUGCCGGCGAAACGGAGUGUUGCUCGUUUCGGGAAAGUUGUUUCAGUUUUGAUUUCUUCAUUAAAGUGCCUUCGGCCUACGGACCCACGGUAGUUUGCAGUCAGUCAAACCUGUCAGAGCCAGCGACCUAGUAUCCGGUGUACCUACGGAAAGGAGAAGGCAUCCCACCAUGAAUAAGCUGCUCAUCGUAUUUGCUCUAGUCGGGGUGAUAAUCGCCGCUCCCUCGCAGCGUGACGAGUCCGACGAUGAUGCUGGUUCAGUUGGCCGAUGCGUCGAUCAACUAGUCAACUCGAUGCCGGAGAAUAUUGGGGAUGAUAUGGUGGCAUUUAUUGCCGACACUCGCGAAACCUUCGAAUAUCUGAUCGACCGUCGACGGCGCUGUGACGAGCUUCCGCGGGAUGAUCCCCCGACGCGGUUACAGGAACUCGCCAUCGAAGCCUGCAUCACCAGCUGGCAGGUGCGAGCAGCUGCCGAGAUCGCACGACUGACGGCAACUCUCGCGCAGCGUGUUCCCAACGCCCAGGAACUGAUGGGAGAUUUCGCCCGAUGCAUGGGUGUCAAUCUAGAGGAGAUUCCGAUGGAGCGUGACGAGUCCGACGAAGAAGCUGGCUCAGUUAGCGAAUGCGUCGAUGAGGAGCUUGUGGACGAUCUGGUAGCAUUUAUUGCCGACACUCGCCAGACCUUCACCUAUCUAAUGGACCGUCGACGACGCUGCGACGAGCUAGCCCGAGAUGAUCCUCCGACGUGGCUGCAGGAACUCGCCAUCGAAGCCUGCUACACCAGCUGGCAGGUGCGAGCAGCCGCCGAGAUGACAAGACUUACGGCAGCUCUCGCACGGCAUGUCCGCAACGCUGGGGAACUGAUGGUCAACUUUUCCCGAUGCUUGCGUGCACUGUCCAACUCUUAA